UUCUGCGCUCAGCGCGAAGAACAGUGCUUUGUCAGCUCUCGUCAUCGAUUGCCGUUACUGCGUUGUAGCUCGCGAGGCCGACGGAACUGAUCCCAGCGACGACGCAGGUUUUGCUUUAGGGAUUUCACUUCCCAGUCUCCAACCAUGGGGAGUUACUGGUCCGCCGAAGCUGAUCCCGCAGACCCCAACGCCACCGUCGACAUGAGUGCCGGAGACACCACCGAGGUGCGCUGCCAGGAGAAGUCCGGCGGCCUGGCGUAUGAGGUCAUCCUGGCCACGCCCACCACCGAGCCGCCGGCCAACGUCGCCUCGCCGGCGCCCAAGGCCACGCCCACCGCUGAUGACAUCAACAAACGGCUGCAGGCCGCCGAGGAGCGCAAGAAGCGACACGAGUACCAGCGCCAGGCCUCAGUAACUGACAAGCUAGCACGGAUCGACGAGGCCAGCAAGAAGCGACAGGAAGCCGACCAGCAGUAUAUCCAGCAAGCGCGUGAGCAGCUGGAGCAGAAGAUGGGCGCCAACGUCAAGAAUCGCGAGAACAUCAUCAAGGGCAUGCAGGAGAAGCUGAAGGAGCACCUGGAGCAAGUUGAGGCCGUUCAGAAUAAGACGCGCGUCCAGUACGCCGAACUGGCCGCCUCCAUCCAGGAGAAACAGAAGGGAGCCGAGGAGGCUCGCGAUGAAAACCUCCGCAAAACGCUCGAGAAGCUUAAGGAAAAGGAGGAGCAGGGGGAGAAGGUGCGUGCCGCGCACGUGGAGCACAUCAAGCAGCUGAAGGCCAACAUGGACAGCUGGGAGAUCAAGCUGAAGAAUGCCGAGGAGAAGCGCGUCAAGGAGAUGCAGAAGAAGGUGGAGAUGCUGCACGAACACAACACGGUGAAGCUGCAGAGUGCACAGCAGAUGGCCGAGCAGAAGACCAAGGACCUGGCCAAGCGGGUGGAGGAGACGCUGCCGGAGAAGCUGGCCAGCGCCGAGCAGCGCCGCCAGGAGGGCAUCGGCAAGGUGGUGGAGAAGGCGCGUGAGGAGCUGAGCAAGGUGCCGGUGGUGAGGUCCAACAUGGAGGAGUCCGUCAAGAUGCAGGAGACCAAAGUGCAGGAGCUGGUACAGGCCAAGCUGGUGCAGGCUGAGGAGCGGCGCCUGGAGCUGAUCGAGAAGCAGCGUGAGAAGCUCAAGGAGCGGGAGCGUCACGGCGAGGUGGUGCGCCAGAACAAGGAGCGCGUCUCCGAGGGAGACAGCCAGUAGGCGUCGGAAACGCCAGAGGGACGCCGCGCGCGGGUGUCCGCUCUCUUCUGCUGUCUCUCUCUGAAAAUUACAUACAUGGAAAAGAUCAGAAAAAAACCAAGAACGAUCUCUAGUCAUAGAGUUUCCCCCUAUUCUCCGGUUUUGUUUGCAGAAGUUUAUUGCUUUUGAAGCGCGCGUGCAGCUGCCGUGACUCCGUUCUUCUCGCCCUGUUGCUCCUGUGUGUACAUAGUUCUUCACGACGUGGAAGCGGUACGACGGAAGGAUCUCCCGCCGGUGUGGUGGCGCGCCGCCGCGUGCGGGCGUGCGUGCGUGAGCGAGCAGCUGUGUGGAUGGUGCGCCCCGGAGCGGAGUGCCAGGCCAGGGACCUACGAGACGCAGCCGAGCAGGCGGGCGCGCGAGAGACCAGAUGUGACUGUUCACUGCCGCGCGCCAAAUCGCCGACUCGGCGCCUGUCAGGCGACGCCCGCAAGUGUAUACUGUGCUUGACGCCACCUGUGUAGCUCAAAUUAUUAUUUUUGCACCGUUUGGUUACUAGUCGCAAUGCGUACAGAUCGAGUUCCACAUUAAUACUAUAGGAUAUUAAGGCUUGUCCUUUGCGCCGACAUGUGAAAUACAAGGUGCAGAUGACG